CCAGCAGGGGCGCGCUAACAGCUAGCUGUUUAACAACCGCUUGGAACGCGGCGGCUAAGCUAACUGAGCUAACGUAGUUUAUCGGUGAUUAUCAGCUCCGAAAUCAUUUUUUUUAUUAUCAACGGAAGUCUAACUUUACUGUGGUUGGGCAUCAGAAGGACACACACGAAGUCUCUGUGAAUUGUGAACAUUUUGUUCGGUUUGCGGCGGUAAACGCUCCUGGGAUUGCUAACGGCUAACCGAACUCAGCUGGCGACGGAUUAACGCGUUUAUCUUAAAAAGGCGGGUCCAUUCCACCGGUUCCGGACGCCAGGAGGAGAAGUCUGUUCGGGUUCAGUGAGGAGGAUGAAGGUGAAGAUCCGUCAGUGGAACGGGGUGGCCUCCUGGUUGUGGGUGGCCAACGAUGAAAACUGCGGGAUCUGCAGGAUGCCGUUCAACGGCUGCUGCCCGGACUGUAAAGUGCCCGGAGACGACUGCCCGCUGGUCUGGGGUCAGUGCUCCCACUGUUUCCACAUGCACUGCAUCCUGAAGUGGCUGAACUCGCAGCAGGUCCAGCAGCAGUGUCCCAUGUGCCGGCAGGAGUGGAAGUUCAAGGAGUGACCCCGUGUUCCCAACUAUCUCACUUUGACGCCGGAGUUUUUGCAUUUUCUCCUGGAUUU